ACAUUUCAUCAUCACCAUCAUCAGCCAUAACAACAACACGUGCCGUCUUGUGGUGUCGUGUGGCAGCUGUGUCGUGUCUUCAGCUGUCUCAGAGAGAGAGAAAAAAAAAAAAGUCUGGUGUUCCUAUACUUCUAUCAAGCGCUACACUGAUUAUACCAAAGUGAACUGAAACCUCCAGGAUGGGAAAGACAGUGAAGCGAGCUGCCAAGAAAGGAAGUGGCUUUGUCAAGUCCACAAGCUCCAUGAACCCUGACCGGCCAAUGGACAAGGUGAAGCUGCGAGGUGCUCCCUAUGCUCGGGACAAGGCCACCAUCAAGCGGCUGCAGAUGUACCGCACCGGCAAGGCCAAGAGAGACAGGCGGGGCAAGAUUGUGAAGGAGGCCAUCUUCCAGAGUAAAGUCAGCUCAGGUACCCAGGCACGAGUGGAACCCAAUCAGCGAUGGUUUGGUAACACAAAGGUGAUUGGGCAGAAGGCUCUUCAGACUUUCCAGGAGGAGAUGGGCAAAGUGAUGAAAGAUCCUUACAAGGUUGUGAUGAGAAAGACUGCCUUGCCCAUCUCCCUGCUGAAUGAGACAGCCAAGAACACAAGGGUGCACAUCUUGGACACAGAACCUUACAGCAGUGUGUUUGGAUCCAAGAAGACCAGAAAGAGACCAGAUCUAAAGGUUGGAGACUUUGUUCAGUAUGCAAAAUCAGCAGAAGAAGCCUCUGAGAACUACAAUGCAGAGAAAGAUAAUGAUCUGGUGCGUCCCGAGCCAGACAGUCACGAACUGCCCCCAGAGUGGUUCAUGAAGGCCGGACAGAGCAAGCGUAUUUGGAAUGAACUGUAUAAGGUGAUUGACUCCUCAGACGUCGUAAUUCAGGUGUUGGAUGCGAGGGAUCCCAUGGGCACCAGGUCAAAGUUGGUUGAGAAAUAUCUGCGUACAGAGACUCCCCACAAACACCUCAUCUUUGUGCUGAACAAGGUUGACUUGGUGCCAGUGUGGGUGACACAGAAGUGGGUGGCCGUCCUGAGCUCUGAGCACCCAACACUGGCCUUUCACUCUUCCAUCACCAACCCAUAUGGCAAGGGUGCUCUCAUAAAUCUGCUUCGCCAGUUUGGAAAGCUGCACCAGGACAAGAAACAGAUCAGUGUUGGCCUCAUUGGCUUCCCCAAUGUAGGUAAGAGCUCCAUCAUCAAUACCAUGAAAGCCAAAAAGGUGUGCAAUGUGGCGCCACUUGCUGGGGAGACAAAAGUGUGGCAGUAUGUCACCCUCAUGAGGAAAAUUUACCUGGUGGACUGUCCAGGCAUUGUCCCACCCUCCCAUGAGAGUGCCACGGACAUGGUGCUUAAAGGUGCCGUGCGCACUGAGUACCUCAAGAACCCUGCCGAUUAUAUCAUGCCAUUGCUGGAGCGUGUCAAACGUGAGUACAUGUGCCGCACGUAUCUUGUAGAGGACUGGAGCACCCCGGAGGAGUUCAUGGAGCAAGUGGCCCGGCGCACUGGGAAGCUGCUUAAGGGUGGUGAGCCGGAUGUCAACACUGUGGCUAAGAUGAUCCUCAAUGAUUGGCAGCGUGGCAAGAUCCCCUAUUUUGUGCCACCACCUGGACAUGACUCCUCUGACUUUGAUAAACUCAAAACUCAAGAGAACAAGGAAAUGGCGGCUAAAAUCCAGGAGCAGGAAGAGUUGGAGGCGAUGGAGGAGGCAGCCAAGAGCCAAGGUAGUAGUGGGGUGGGUGUGUGCCAGAACUUGGGUAAGAUCACUGUGAGUUUACAGUAUUCUGGAGAAGAUGACAAACCUUUAGACAAAACUCAGCUAAACUUCCAAGAUUAUGAUGAAGAAGAAGAAGAGGAAGAGGAUGCAGAUAGUGACACUUGUAAUGACCAGAACAAUACUGAAAAAGAAAUGGUCAAAGAGAACUCUGCAAGUAACAAAAUGAAUACUGAUGUGGAAGAUACAACUGGACCUCUUACUGAUACUGUUGCAGAUACUGAAGACAUGACUGUUAAAGGUGGAGACAAAGAUAAUGUGGAUGUUGAUAAACAAGGAAACAGAAUUCAGGAACAAGACGAAGAAACGCUUGAAGAAGAACCAACUAAGGAAACAGUUGGGACAGAGAAGCAAGAUGAAGGGGACACUGGCAUGGACCAGGAUGAGGAGAAAGAGGACAAGGAUGAUGAUAUGAUUGGGGAGGAGCUGCUGUCUAGUGAAGAAGAGGAACCUGAGGUGGAGGGUCCAACCAGCACCAGGAAACUGAGGCGAAAACACAAGCUUUUCUUUGAUCCCAAACCCACGACUGCAAAGCAGCGGCGGCGGCAGGAGCGGGAACAGAAGAGGAAGAAGGUGGGCAGCAACUUCUACGAGGUGACCAACGUGAAGAACCGCAAUCGUGAUAGGAAAGUCCCUCGUAAAGCAAUGCCUGUCAAGCGACUCUCCAAACGGUGAUGAGACUAAUUAUUCUUAAAUAUUUUAUUGUUAUUGACUAUGUGUGAUAUUUUAACUACAUUUGUACCUUCAAGGAAUACAGUAAAUCUAGAGCUGGUAACCAUGGGUACUCUCAGUAAACACCUGCCACUUUCAUGGAAGAUGUUGCAUUCAGAUAGUGGUGCUAAUUGCAGAGAAAUGAGAAACUAAUCUCUGAAGAUGAAGAGAGAACCUCAAGGCAAAUGCAGACUAAACAAAGGUGUUGAUUUCAUAUGCUGGCACCACCUUCAUAAUUUAAAGUGCAUGGCCACAAGCAGUAUGCAGAAUAUGUGUGAGAUUUAAUUCUGACAUAUGAAUGCACAAGAUGUAUAGUAAGAUUUGUGGAAGGUUAAAGAAUAUUGGAGUAUUUAAGUGUGCAAGAUGUAGGGUGCAGGUGGGAAAGAUAGACAAGAACAGAUUGGCCUAAAUGAUGAGCCCAUAUUUAGAGGAUAUACCUAGUAGUGUCACAUGCAUAAUGUCAUCAUCUCAUCCUUUCAAAAACCAUCACUGAUAUAUCUUACAUUAACCUUCAAUAUCCUUUUCCCUGUUGUAUCAAAAACAUUCACUACCAUCUGCAUCACCUACUUUUUCUUCUUCCAGCAGCACUCCAUUGUCAGUGAAUGGCCCUGACACCUCAGUGUUAUUAACCACUCAACACAGGCAUAGCACUCAUAUCCUCUGUUCUUUCACUUCUUCCAUACUUCCAUCCAUGUAAAAGUUUAGUAGUGAAAGAGGAUGUAAGGUAGAAUGUGUGAUGCAUCUGUGGCUCUUUAACAUAGCAACAGCUGGUGGUGUUGAUGUGUUUUAAUGAAGUGAUUCUUGAGUACAA